AUGACCGCUACAGAACACUCGAUGCUGGUCCUGCCGGCUCCUCGAAGCCCUCCUAUAGCCAGUACCCACGAUCUGGUUCCUCGGGUGGUUUCCUUCAGCAGAUUACCCAGACUCGAGGACAUCAAGGACGACAAUGAAGCGUUUCUCAGUCCGUCUUUGGAUGACAAGCUCCUGAGCAGCCUCAAGCUGGACCCUGGUGUUUUAGCCGGCGACUUGGACGAGAUUCCUCGGCUCUCGGGAGUAAAGAGCAAAAGACUGUCGCUGGCCCUGAAUGACCUGGUCCACGAAAGAGACCGGUUCAGGGCCCGUUUCCACAAUCUCAAUACCGCCGGAGACAACCCUAUUGGGGAGGAGUCCGCAGACUGCGAGGUGUGCUACGGAAUCAGCUCCAAGACGAAGAAACUCAAUGUUGACGAGGAUUACUCGGUUCUGGAAACAACCUCUCCACUUGACCCGGCUUCCUCCUUCUACUCACACCUACCGGUGGCUCCAGACAGUGACCAGGUAGAUGUUCGGACAAUCACGCCGCAGAGGCUUUCUACGGUGCUCCAGUGGUACUUCAACAAACCACUACCGCCAACCAACCAGAUGUUUCCGUGGCUCCAUGGACUCCACCCAGAGAACUUUACCCAGCGGCUGUUCUUUGUGUUUCAGCAGAUGGCUCAUAGUGAGUCUGACGAGUCCAGUGUGGAAUUUAACACCCACUUUGCUAGACCUGCCGAUGCCCGCUUUUUGAUCACGAUAGAGGCAGAUAAGGACAGCUACCCCGAGGACGAGAUUCUUCACAACUCCAUAGGCCUUGAUGAGGUUCUCAAGAAGAUUGAGUUUUCUCGGCGGGAGGUAGAGAAAAUGAUACUUUCCUUCAUAAUGACGCUCUUUGACGAAGUUCCAAUGGAGAAAAUGGAGUCUCUCGUGGCUGCCAUCACCAGCGACUGCUUCGUGACCGGCUUCAUGCCGGAAUUCCUCAAUCUAGAUCCCGACAGAGGUAUCUCGCUCCGUAACUUCCACAUUCAGGUCGCCAAGCUGGCUCGGUGUGCCGACUUUGUGGUCUACGGCUCUCCCAAGGCACUAGCUGAUGGUAGGUCUAGGGCUGCCAGCGUUGCCAGGCUUCUUCGUCUUGCCCAAAUCGUGGACGAACGAACGAAUCCCAGAAAGUAUAACGUCUUCUUGCUCAAACCCCAGGACUCCAUCAAACAAGACGAAGGGUUCCGUAUCUUCACUCCUCGUGCUUCCGCAAAAGCCAAGGAUAUUUUUGGAUACAGCAAGCGUACCCAGCUCUUCCACCAUUGCUUCAACCACCUGAAGCUUCAUUAUUACCCACUCUGGGACUCAAACUUGCAAAUCAAGGAGAAACUAGAAACCACCGUCAUGUCGGCUGCUUCAAAGUUGCACCAAAACGUUUGGCUGGGUAACACCUGGGACCACGAAGUCAUGCUUCAGGUCUUGCGCCUGGACGAGUAUCCAGCUGCUGUCGAUGAAGCUCCCAAACAAACUCAGGAGUCUCCAAACUAUUGCGAGCCUUCAAGGUCCACCGUGGUAUACGACGAGCUCACUCCUUCAAGAUUCGAAAGCUUGUUACCGAAGCCUCGUGCUCACUGGAAGCUUUUUGUUCAUUGUCAUAAUGACGCCAAGUUUCCAGAGAUGGAGACGCUUUCCCAAUUGCUUUUCAAGUACACCAUCUCCUCACAUAGCGCCUUGGAGACCGACGAUACCCAUCAUCUCGAUUUCCCAUCUUCUGGGUCAAUCGGCAUAGGCGAUUGCAAGCAGGAAAACCUUAUGUGCAUUGUCAACACCUGCAAAUUGCUUUAUCUAUAUUCGUCAUCAACGGCACCUGGGAGCCUCGCUUCCCUUAUUUAUUGCUCGGAUGGAUACACUGAGCUGUCGCUACUCAUCUUCUGCUAUAUCAUGUAUGCCGAGAAUUUGUCGCUAAAUGACGCAAUGAUCAAGGUGCAUUUGACGUACGGAAGGCCGUUCUACAUCUUUAGCAGCGAUGUUGUGAUUUUGCGUAAACUCGAGAUAUUGAUGCGCAAGUUCAGUCCAAAUAAUCCUUCGAAAACGGUGGAGUGGAACGAGCCAGAGGUCAUUACUAGCAAGGAGCUCAACGAGGUGCUUCUAGGUCCCAUCAGACCUCAGAAAGUGAAACACAUUCCAUCGAAAUUCCGGUUAGGCUAUAUCCGAAACGACUCGGACACGGACUCGUCCGACACCGAGGACGAGGAGGAGCUUAGCGAUACACUGUCAUACCUCGACAAGGACUGGGUGGAAGACGUUGAGGGGUCGUUUCCCUCGAGAAUUCUCCCUUACCUCUAUUUGGGGUCGCUUAAGCAUGCCAACAGUUUGGCGCUCUUGUCUCGAUUGGGAAUCAAGUGUGUGAUCAGCGUCGGGGAGAACCUCGACUGGCUCCACGGUCACAAAUUCCAACACAAUAAUGACCUCAUCAUCGACGAGCUUGACAAUGGUAACAUCGAGCAGUUUACGAUCAAACCCAAGCAGGAGAGCCUACAUCGCAGCAAAGUGCAAUGUUCUGUGCAGCUGGUGAUGAAGGUGAACAACUUGCAAGACGAUGGAAUUGAUGAACUCAGCAACGCCCUUCCAUCGAUGCUCAAAGCCAUCGACGAGGAGUUCAAACGAAGCCAUGGAGAUACGAAGAUCUUGGUUCAUUGCCGAGUUGGGGUUUCCAGAUCAGCCACGGUGGUGAUAGCCGAAGUGAUGAGGCGGCUCCAGCUCAGCUUAGCUCAAGCCUACUUGUAUGUGCGGGUGAGAAGGUUGAAUAUUGUGAUCCAGCCGAAUCUACGGUUCAUGUACGAGUUGUUCAAGUGGGAAGAAGAAGGAGAUGCACAGAAGGAGAAAGGUGAAGUUCUCCGCAAGAUCGACUGGUUCAUGAUGUGCCGCGAGAUCGAAAAGUUGAAUCUUCCAUACUUGAGCAGUCGGUAA